AUGGGUAACUUAAAGGAAGACUUAAAAUCUGCUGCAAGUUUAUUGAAAUCUGGCAACAAUGAGGAAGUUAUUGAGUUGCUAAAAGAGCACACAGAUGACACUUCUCCUGACUACCGAGUUUUCUGCUUCAUUGCACUCGCCUACUCGAACAUUCAAAAGUAUGAUGAUAGUUAUCAAAUGUACAAAAAGGCGGUUCAAAUCGACGAGGCAAACUUGAUGGCGUGGAAGGGACUCUUCAAAUUAUUCGAAGCCGAGUCGCACACGACACCUGACCAAUUCGCUUUAAAAGCUUGCGAAUUCAUGCAGAAAAAUGGAGAGGAUAAAAAGGACCAAGCUGCCCAGGCUAGAAGGAGAAUUCAUGUAGAAAUGGGGCUGUGGAAAGAAAUUAUGCAAAACUUUGACGAAAUGGAAUUCAGUACGGAUUCUGAAAAUGUUCGACGGGUUGUUCAGAAAAUCAGCUCACAGCCUACAUUCGAACCACUUCUUGAACGAUGCUUCCAAGCUCUAGAAGACACAAAAAUGCUUGAAAAAGAUGCUGAUACAAUGCUCCUGUACUGUAAAUUCAAAAAGACAGCAAAAUCGCUCAAAAGACUAGUGGAAAAUCAUGAAGACAUGGUUACUGAUGACUGGGUGCAGAACAAACUGUUCGAAUACUCUUGCCAGCAGUAUUUCGCUUCGAAGGAAUUUCCAGAGUUUGUGAAAUACGUUUUGAAAAUAUCUCCAGCGACAAAAGCGGUGUUGAAUGAAUUGAGAGAAAACGAUAUUCCAGCUGCCAUAGAAGCAUUGGAUUCCGUCACAGAUCAUUCUGCAUACCCGGAUAGUCUCAUAUUUAUUGGAUUGAUUGCUGAAACUGAAAACUGGGAAGCUGUCGAAAAGCUAGCUCGCUCAAUAUUCAAAGUGUAUCCAUCAGCGAUAUGCAAUGGCUGGAUUGCAAGAGCACUUCUCGAGAUAUCUCCAGAUUCGCCAGAAAAACUUCGAGCUCUGGGUGACCUUCCACUUCCAGAGUUCGCAGUGGAAGAGAUUAAGAUUGCGGUACUGACUGGCAAGGAUAACCAUAUACAUCUUUUGGAGCAAUGCAAGGACUCAAACUUUGUCAUCCUGCUACGCCUAACGAAAAAUCUAUAUUCUAAUGAUCCAGUGACAUCUGAAGAAGUGAAACUAGCUGAACAACUACCUGGCGAUAGCUGUAAAAAUUUACUUAUCACUGCGGAAGUUCGAAUUCGUGCUGGCCUUGAUGCCAAUUCGUAUCUUGUAAAAGCUGCCAAAUUGAACGUCCGGUGUAGUCGAGCUUUUUACCUGCUUGCCAACAGUUUAUCGGCAAAAAAUCCAACUAAAGCAAAAUCGUUAAUAGAGCGAGCAAUUCAAAUUUGUCCAACCAACGGAGAAUACACCAAAUUGCUCUACGAUUUGCUAACGAAGAAAGGAGCAACGGCAGAACAGAAAUUGAAGGUUCUGGAGACACAGUUAUCAGAUGACAAGAUUCGAAGGAGACCAUUCUGGCUAUCUGAUGCCCUGACUACACUCUACCUCGAAACCGGAAAAUUGACAGAAGCAAUUGAAGAACUUCAACGAAUGGUCCGUCAAUAUCCAGAUAAUAAGAUCAUCUGGGCACGUCUCGCAGAUGCAUACACUAGAAAAGGGCACCUUAUGGCAGCUGUCAGUUCGUAUACCCAGUUGGCAGAAAUGAAGGAUGGACAUGAGUUUUAUAUACCUAUCGUCAGAAUCAUGCUUCAACUCCGUCAGUGCGAUGAGGCUCUGGACAAAAUAAUUGAGCUCCGAGAGAAAAUCGCAAACGAAAAUCUUGUUUUUGGGCACGAAUCCGCAAUUGUUCUGAAUUUCACUGAAGCUGAAGUCCGACUGAAUCUUCAUGAAAAAUCCUGUGGUGAACAGAAGCUGUAUCAUUUGAAAAAAUCGUUCAGUCUGCUGACAAAAUGCAUUGGUGACCAUGGUGGUUGUCAGUAUUCUACAGUUUUUAAACUUCUUGGUGAUGCGUUGAUGGUUGUCUCGAAUUAUGCUUCUCUUCAGUACUUUGAAAUUGAAGAGACGUGGGAGAUUGAGACUCCCUUGGAUUGUGUGACCAAAGCUUUAUCAUUCUACAUUGCAGUGUUAAGGUUCGAGGAGAAAAAUGCUCUUGGAUGGUACGAUGUUUCGAUCUCUUUGCUGACAAAGUACAAAUUCGAAAAAGAUCAAAACAUACUUGUCAAAGUACAGCAGAUGCUAGAGCAUGCUCUCUCCCUUACCACGGAUAACACACUGCUUUCUUCAAUUUGGACUCUUCUCGCCGAGGCAAAAAGAAAUGCCGAAGAUCCGAUAUCUCAUCAACUUCAUUGUCUAGCUCGUGCACUCGAAUUGAAUAAGUCAAAUGAUAAAGCAUGGCUAAGUACGGCAGUUCUGUGUCUCAGCAUUGGAAGAAUGAACGAAGCGUCUCGUCUUUUGGAACAAGCCAUCAAAUACGAUCCACAGAAUGCAGAUGCGUGGUGUACAUGGGCUCAAACUGCACAUCUACAAGGGGUGGAUAAUGAAGCUCUUGCAAUGUUCAGACAAUCACUUUAUGUUCGUCCUACCUUGCACGCUGUAGUUGGAUACUCAUCUUAUUUAUGUAAUAGUUUGAAGAAAAGCCAGCAUAGGUUCGAUUCGGCCACUGCUGCUCUCGAUUUCGAGCCAAUCGCCGAUCUGAGGUUUCUCGUUGGCGCCGAUUCUAACAUCCUCUACCAUCUGGGACUGUUAGCAGAUCUAUUCGGAUGGUAUCCAGAAUCUUUAGAAUGCUUCAAAAUGUCUAAAAGCCCGAAGAUCGUAGACGAAAUAGCACAUGCAUUGAUCAAAGCCAACGUUCUGUAUGGUGUCCAACCAGCGGAGGAGAUUCAUUGCGAUUCGAGAAUCUGUGGAAUGCAACGACUUGGUACUGAAGACUGCUACGCUUUUCUAACAGCCGAAAUGGAUGUAUACGGAGAUCUGUACAGGUUUAUCGAAAGUAACGAUUCGGUUGCAUUCAAAAAACUUUAUAUGAGUUGUGUCAAGGCAAUUUCUGUACCACUUUUCAUUUCGGGACUCAUCGUGAAGAAGAUUACUCUUCCCUCGGAAUUCAUCCGAACGAUGCACGAAGCUUUGCCACGUCACGAACUCAUUGACUAUUUCCCUACAGUUCUCCCAGAAGGAGUUGACAAUGGACUACGUCAUCUAGAACAAGACGGAGAGGAACCGUUCAGAUAUCGUCAUAGAUCGAACCAUCGUCUCCUUGAAGAACUGAAAGCUCUCCGAGAGAAAUACGAAGAAGAGAAUCCGAAGAUGGAAGAUACAGAACCCAAUCUUGAAACGAUUUCCUAG